CUGACCUCACUCUGCGUCUCGCUCGCUCAUCCGCCCCCGCCCCCCGCUACUCCCUGCACGGAGAGUGGAAUCACUUACGAGCCACUCAAUUCGCGUAAUUUGCCCAAACACCGCGUUGCACGGGCUCAAACACGAAAUCACGACUUGAGACGCGCCAAAAUCCGGACGCGUAGAACUUGAACGAUCAGGAUGCAGCGCAGCAGUCGGACCCACAGCCCGCCUACUUCCACGACUCAUGCCACCACGACCCCCUUACGCUCCACGCGGUCCGGACUCUUCAACAAUAAUACCCAGAGCGCAUUCACGACGACAUACACGCCUACAGUCACGCAGGGCUCGCAGGCCCAGAAACCUAUCGUGGUGACGCGUGUUGCUAUUGAGGGGAAGGCGAAUCAAGGAGAAGAUGGAGCAGGAAUCAGGAUGUACCUCAAGAUUGCACUCCCUCUGGACGGCAUCACACCUGGGUCGACAAUUCCACUGUUUCCUGAGGAGAAUGUCAAAAUUUUGUCCUCGCAGGUGCAUCCGCUGGAUUCAAAAUCUGUGCCCUACGCAUUUUCCUCGGAUCUAUCACCCCUACUUCAUCACGCUGCUCGGGCUCUCAGUCUCCCGAGCCGGUCAUCUGAGAACUUCCACGCCGUGUUUAAUCUGUCACCGCCGCCCUCGGAAUCCAAUAUCGCCAACUCGAUCCGUCCGGGAAGUAGUCGAUCCGGAUCUUCUUCCAAGACUGCGCCCCCGCCUGUCGAAGCCAAAUACACAGGCCAUAUUCUUGUCAGCGGUUACCAUAUCUCAUACGUGCUCCCCAAGUCUUUCCCAGGACGGUACCAUGAUGCUGAUCUGAUGCGGACUCCUGGAGGAGGCAGGCGGUCCUCCAUAAUUGAGCGUCCAAGCGCCCAGUUCAUGGCAGCUAUCGAUAUGUGGGUUCCCUACGUGUCAAAACCACCGAGGUUCCCGUAUCUGUUGUCGAUUCCAACACCGAGAUGCCUGCAUAACCAUGUCCGACUACGAAUUCCGCCAAUCCCGUCAUCGAACUCUUUUGCGUCGUUGUCGUCGGCUGACGAAGACGGCGGCGGCUCAUGGGAUCUGACCUCAGAGCCCCACGUGACUCGUGCAGGAUCCUCGCGCCAGUCCCGUUCAGAUGCGUAUUCCAAGUCCUUUGGGAACGUCGCCGACGAUGAAUCGAGUGACUCUUCGACGACGGGAUUUUCCGAUGGCUGCGGAAUCCAGGGUACGUUCCCCAGUGCUGAGCGGUUGCGAGUGCGGUGGGCUCGGCCGGUCAAGGUCGUGGGGUCCGAGCAUGACGGGCGACGACGCGUGGGGGUCACUGAUGUGACAGGGGAGAUGACCUGUGCGGUGCAGGGCAGGAUGUGGGAUCCCGAGCACCACCGAGAAGCCGUGGUGAUGAAGAUCGAGUACAAAGGGACGUGCAAAGGGCUGUGGUUUCCCGGUGUUGCGACGCUGCUGGGAAUGGAUGUGAGCUUAGAGGCCAAGGGAUCCGACGUGUCUUGGGUGCCGGGCAAGGCUACGGAAUGGAACAUUAGUGGAGCCGCUGGCUACACCGGAUUUGACGCUGGGGGGCCUUCUGCGAUGCCAGACCUGCUCAGAAAAGAUUCCUUCGACUCGACCAGCUCGCAGGUGCAGCUUGACGCUGCUCUCUCGCGACAGAGCUCGUCGUCUUCCCUGCUACGUGGACCGUUGCCAGCUCAGAACGAGCUGGACUACUCUUUCGAGCAUUCGCAAACAUUAUCCGCGGAUUCGUCUGCUGGGUCACUGUUCCCCACAUCUUCGGUCCCGCCGGCAGACCCGGGGCCCCGACCUCCGGGCGUUCCCAUCACCAUUCACAUCGACAUGAACAAGCUUACUGCUGUGCCAAUCAAGGCCAAUUCGUUCGCAUUUCAGAUCCAAGGGACCGUCUUGAUCAGUGCCCGCGCCCGUGGUCAGCGCGACGAAGAUCUGAAUGACCCCAACUCGAUGCUCAUUCCCCGUUUCACUGUCCUCGCCGCUGAUCACGAAACAGUUUCUACCAUCAUCCGGCAUGACACUGACGCUCAACCGGCGUCUACAGUGAACGUCUUGCAAAGCAACGGCCGGAAACACCACAUCCAGCGCGGAGACUACUUCAAGUGCAGGGACUCCGAGCAAACAAGGAUCCUGGUCAGCCCCAGCGCCGUCGUCUUCCCCGAGCCGGCUGUCAACGGAAAAGCCCAUCCCCCCAGUCGGCCUCGCACACCGAAUGGUUCACGUGACCGCGAUCGGGUACCAUCGACUGCUGCUCGAGUUUUGGGUAUGGUGCCCGCUCGCCCCAAGCGCGAGGGAAAGUUGAUGAUUCCGAGCGUCGUUGCGGACGUGACACCCCUCGUGACUAGCUCUGAGCCUCUUCCGACGUGCUAUGCUGUGCGCGUGACACUGGCCGCACCAGCGGACACCGACUCGGACUGGGUGGAAUUUGGUUUGGCAAAGCACGGCGCCGAUGCUGGCGGACCACCGAAGAUCGAGAUUGUGAAUGCGACGGUUGACGACGUGCCUAUAUUCUACGAGACGAGCAUGACCAUGCACCAGGACGAGAAGGGGCUUGUGUUUGAGCAGAUGAGCGGCCUGGAAUGGGUCAGCUGGAUCAGAUUACGCGUUGGGUCGGCAAACACCGGGCGGGUUGUCGUUGAUUAUAUCGUCAAGGGCGACAGAAAGGGCAAGGGCAAGAGCCUGGACGUCCAUCUCCCGUCGUUUGGUCUGCCUGUGGGCAGGCUCGAGGUCAACAUCGAGAACAUCGAAGGAACCAAAAUCUCCUCCUUGCGGUCUAACUUCGCCCAUGAGCAGCCUGGGAGAUUGCUUCACUACUCGCUGGAGCCAUUCUUCUAUCCCCAUAUCUCAUUUGACGUCCGGCCUGAACGCCGCGCGCGUUCAAAUCUGCACUAUUACUCCCUGGGUCAAUUCUUGCUAUUUCUGAUUCCCUGGCUGCUCGUCUCUUUCGGCUAUCUUCGCCUUGAGAUGGCACUGGCCGAGGUAGCACGACCGGCGGAAGACACCCCAUUGGCCACAGAGACUGUGACUAUCACGUCGACUGCUUACCAGACCUUGUCCAGCCGCAAGCCGUGGUUUCAAACGGAGGGCAUGAUCUCCGAGUUAACAGCAUCGACGACGAAGACGACGACGACAACGAGCGAACUUCCGAGUCUUUCAACAUCCUCAGAAACAACCUUUGUGACCGUGACCCCGUCGGCGCUACCGACACGACAAGCCCAGCCCCCGCCGUUCGACUCCGGCGUCACAGUGUACAGGCCGUUUCACGUCGAUUUCGCUUUGUGGCUCCAGUCGUGGGACACACAAACCCAGCUUGAAAACCUCUGGCGAAAGACGCAGGAAUGGAUGAGGCUCUUUUGGACAGCCUAUCACUACCCCGUAGGACCUUGACGUGAUUUCUUGUAUGUAUAUGUUUAUGUUGUAAUCUAUGGCCUAUGUAGUGCAGGGAUUUAGUAUAUUGCAUCGAUCCGCCGCGACCUUCCUAAUUAGUCCAUGGGAACGAGUGUGUGCAUGUUGACAACCCAUAUAUAGCAUACAGUAAAGCUACCUCCUCGACCGCCGCAGACUGCCCUGAGGACUUAGCAGUCCAUCGCGGGCAUCUCGCGCAUGUCGCAGCUCCUCGUCGAUCCUCCACAUCCCUCUAAUAAACGAAUCUCGAUCCAACGAACCAGCUCGUCCUGGGUCGCAUUCGUUCCUGUCCGAAAAAGGUUAUUUGAUGGCGCGGGAAGACAAAAAGGUAUCGUACCAUAUCGCGCUCAGCACCGGCCGCGGCAGCUUGGAGCGUGUCCACAGAACCUUGAUCACAGCAGCAGGCAGACGUUCGGGUGAGACAGAAUCGUCCUCGAGCGGGGACAUCGGGGACAUCGGGGAUGAUGGACUGCUUGGAUCAUUGGGAUCACGUAUCAGAUCAACAGAAAGACCACGCCAGCCGCGCCGCCUCGUGGGCUGGGCAGGGGUCAAAAGGGCGGGUUUUGAAUGUGUCGCAACGAGGCUCGUGAACAGGCCGUCGUAUCGCCGACGAGGGGCCGGCGGGACUGGGGGCGGCCGCGAGAGUGCGUCGAAUUUAGAGGACGACGAAGGCCCAGGCGUAGACAUGCUUGAGGAGAAGGAUGUCGUCGAGGAGAAUGAUGUGGACGAGGACGCCGAGGCGACGCUUCGUAGCGACGCCCGGUCGGAGGGAGGAGGUGGGGGCGCUCGGCGUGCGGAGGGGGGCGAGGUCGUCACGGGUGGAGGACGCAUGGGGAGCUUCGGUGGCUGCCGCCUCUCCAUCGCCCGUUCCCAGUCUUGCGCGAUCAUCUUCGCGGUCGCAGGACUAGCGAUGGCUGCCGAAGCGGACAAUUCCUCGAACGAUUCCGAGUUGGAGCUUCCGGUCUCGUGCUGCGGGAAGACAGUUGUGACGGGACUGGGAGAUUUGUCCGACAGCGACACGGAGUGGAAAGAAGAGAUGGAGGAGCCGUGCGUGUGUCGAUUGGUCGAGGAAAUGUCCAACGUCAACGUCCCGCCCAGCUUUGGUGGGUACGUAUGCUCUACAGUCAGAGAAUCUCCUCGCCGAGGCAACGGCGGCGCCGCUGCGGGGCUGGACGUCGGCGGAAGGGAGGACACGCCCUUCAAACUGGCUAAAGAAGGUUUCCUCGGGGGCAAGGGGGGUGCUUUCCCUGAUUUCUGUGAUUUCACCGAGGAUGGUUUGGGCGGCGAAAAGUGUAUCAACGCAUCGUCAUAAGCCCCGCUGAAUCCAUUUGCGCGCGGAGGCGACCCGUCGUCGAGUACCCAAUCCUUCAAGUCGAUCUUGAGGUCAAUGAGGGACGACUUGCGCCCCAGGUUGGGGGGUGACGGCGAUGGUGACAAUUUGGGUGGCGUCGAUGGAAUGACUUUGGGGGAGAGAGGACUCUGCAGCCCUAUUGUGCCGCCACCAUUCAGUGUCUCGAAGGUGUGUAUCCGCGACUGAACAGACAUGGGGGCUGGAGACAAGUACAAAUAUAGUAACUCCUCAUCUUAGCCGACACCCACCAUCAUGUCCCAGUCCAAUGAACUAUAUGCCGUUGCUGACUUUUGCCUCAUCCCCAUGGGCACUGGGGAGCCCUCGGUAGCGAGUUACAUCGCAGAAUGUCAGCGCGUCCUCGAAAAAUCUGGUUUACAGUACAAGUCCAGCGGUUACGGCACGAACCUGGAGGGUCCCUGGACGCAAGUCUCGGCAGCCAUCGAAGCCUGUCAUGCGGCCGUCCACGCUGCGGGUGCGCCCCGGAUCGCGACGGAUAUCCGCAUCGGGACGCGUGUCGACAGGACCAUUGAGCCUGGGACAGGCAAUGACCACAAGGUGCGGCGGGUGGAGGAGAUCCUAGCGAAAGACGCGUGAGGGAAUUGUAAGACGGUGUAAUCUCACCACCAGAGCUCAGUCUGUAUAUAUGAACGCUAAGCUGCGGCACAAUCAACCUUGAUAUCGUCCAUGA